GGAGGAGUUCUGUGAAAUCUUCCGGGCCAAGGAGAAGACGUCGGGGAAGCUCUACACCUGCAAGAAGUUCCUGAAGCGGGACGGGCGCAAGGUGCGCAAGGCGGCCAAGAACGAGAUCAUCAUCUUGAAAAUGGUGAAGCACCCCAACAUCCUGCAGCUGGUGGACGUCUACAUCACCCGCAAGGAGUACUUCAUCUUCCUGGAGCUGGCCACGGGCCGCGAGGUCUUCGACUGGAUCUUGGAUCAGGGCUACUACUCGGAGAGGGACACCAGCAACGUCAUCCGGCAGGUGCUGGAGGCCGUCGCCUACCUGCACUCGCUCAAGAUCGUGCACAGGAAUCUCAAGCUCGAGAACCUUGUGUACUACAACCGCCUGAAGAACUCCAAGAUCGUCAUCAGUGACUUCCACCUGGCCAAGCUGGAGAAUGGCCUCAUCAAGGAGCCCUGCGGCACCCCGGAGUACCUGG